AUGCUACUACCCUGUUAUCACCCCUCCUUCCCUCCUUUCCCUCCCUUUCCUCCCUCCACUCCCUCUUCUCAUCCCCUCUCCCAACAACCCUCACUCAUCUCCCGCGGCUGCACCCCCUGCGUCCAACCCUCUCAGGCCUUCGCUGGCAGUCAAGCUGUUCCGCAGGCGCUGGCGGCAUGGGGGCAGCUUGGGGGCGGCUGGCAGGCGUGGUCGGGCAGCAGUGACUGCUCAACCAUGCAGGGCGUCACAUGCAAUGCUCAUGGCAAGGCAACGUUGUCUCCCUGGUACGUGAGGCAUGUGAGUGCUGCUCCAGCGCAUGUGAGUGCUGCUCCAGCGCAUGUGAGUGCUGCUCCAGCGCAUGUGAGUGCUACUCCAGCGCAUGUGAAUGCUGCUCCAGCGCAUGUGAGUGCUGCUCCAGCGCAUGUGAGUGCUGCUCCAGCGCAUGUGAGUGCUGCUCCAGCGCAUGUGAGUGCUGCUCCAGCACAUGUGAGUGCUGCUCCAGCGCAUGUGAGUGCUGCUCCAGCGCAUGUGAGUGCUGCUCCAGCGCAUGUGAGUGCUGCUCCAGCACAUGUGAGUGCUGCUCCAGCGCAUGUGAGUGCGGAACCAGCGCAUGUGAGUGCUGAUCCAGCGCAUGUGAGUGCUACUCCAGCGCAUGUGAAUGCUGCUUCAGCGCAUGUGAGUGCUGCUCCAGCGCAUGUGAGUGCUGCUCCAGCGCAUGUGAGUGCUGCUCCAGUGCAUGUGAGUGCUGCUCCAGCGCAUGUGAGUGCUGCUCCAGCGCAUGUGAGUGCUGCUCCAGCACAUGUGAGUGCUACUCCAGCGCAUGUGAAUGCUGCUCCACCGCAUGUGAGUGCUGCUCCAGCGCAUGUGAGUGCUACUCCAGCGCAUGUGAGUGCUGCUCCAGCGCAUGUGAGUGCUGCUCCAGCUCAUGUGAGUGCUGCUCCAGCGCAUGUGAGUGCUGCUCCAGCGCAUGUGAGUGCUGCUCCAGCGCAUGCAUCCCUCUCCUCACCUCAGUACACCCCAUCUGUAGUCCUUCCACGUCUCCCCUCACUCUCCCUCUCCUAA